ACUAAGUAUGUGAAUCUCAGCUUGUUUUGGAAAGAUCACUACCUUUUAGUUAUGAUUACACUAUAUUUUCCAAAACAAGCAGUGAUUUCUGCCCUCUUCAUCCUGAACGUCAGGGCACUGGACACUUUUGUUGCUGCAGUAUGUGAGCAUCCUGUCACAGUGCAAAACAGAACAGAAAGGCCUGCUUCGAAUGAAGAAGCUUUGCUCCCGAUGAAAGAUGUUUUGGAAGAAGCUGUCAAGCUAGCAGCCCAGCAGGGUGCACGUAUCACUGUGGCCCCAGAACAAGGAAUCUGUGGUCGUUUCUUCACCAGGGAGACCAUUUAUCCCUAUCUGGAAGAUAUACCAGCCCCGGAAGUGAACUGGAUUACCUGUAGAGACCCCAAGAGAUUUGGCAACACCCCAGGGCAAGAGCGACUCAGCUGCCUGGCUAAGGACAACCCCAUCUACGUCCUGGCAAAUAUUGGGGACAAGAAGCCACGCGAUGCCAGCGACCCUCCACCCCCUGGUGGCCGUCACCAGUACAACACCAGCAUGGAGUCCGAUUCUGAGGGUAGGCUGGUGGCCCGCUUCCGUAAGGGAGUGGAAUCUGUGUUCUCAAAGCAGUCAAUGUGCAUCACCGUCAUGGAGACCAACAGCGGCCAGCUGGUGCUUGCAGAACUGAAGUCCCAGCCUUGCCUGGCACACCCGCUACCCUGCAGUUCCGGCCUGGAGUGCUUACACCAGAAGCAUCCAGCUGAACCCACUGGGGAGUCACACUUUCCAGGGAUGAUUUGCUUUAAUGAGUUCACCUUCACUGAACUUAAGGGGGACGCAGGGCCUGAAAGACCACUGUGAGCACAGAACAUACAAGAUGUCUGAGAAGCGAGUAGAUGAGUUCUCCACCCUGGUUGCUGCUGACAGGCUGCACACAGGUGAAGGCUAAUAUUACCUUCUGGUAGAAGUGUCGGCAUGUGUUGGAGUGGUCUUAGUGCUACUGCGCCUUCAUAGCCUUUCUUUAAAAAUUAUGCUGGAUCUAGUUAAUUGGUCAAUGUUCUAUUCAUCAUGGUUAUUCCCCCAAAAUCUUUACUUUAUUUAGUCUAACAAAAACAGAAUCAGUUAGUAUGGGAUUUAGCUCAGUGGUGUCUCCGCCUGCCUAGCAAGUGCAAAGUUCUGAGUUCUAUCCCCAGUACAAGAC